ACGAUCGACGAGCCCACUGUGUUCUGCUCAAAACAGCGUCGAGAAUUAUUAAAUCCAGCAAAUUCAUAGUCAAUUCAGUUAGCAGAAUAAAGAAAUCAGACUCGGCUGAUCAUUAUAUAUCUGCAAGACCCAACAACACUUUGGGUAUUGUCUCAUCGAGGGAAGGUGGUGGUAGCGUUGAUUGAGGAUGGAAACUGUAGCUGCUUUUCGGGCGUCGUUCAGCAGUGUUUCGCCGAACUGGGUCGCUCGAUCUGGGCCAGCCAGGCCCGAGUUGAGGGUUGGAUCCAGGUCCCUGCUUUCCUACUCCUGGAUACGGCAAAGACCAUCAAUUUCUCACGUGAAAUUGGGCAAUAGAAAGGUGGACUUUGUUACCAGGAAGUGCACUGGAAUUAGAGCUUCUAUGCAACCUUCUGAUUCCGGCAGUGCAGCAGCUCCUAUUGCCCCACUUCAGCUUGAGUCUCCAAUUGGGCAAUUUCUGUCGCAGAUAUUAGUAAGCCACCCUCAUCUUGUUCCUGCUGCAGUGGAACAGCAGCUUGAACAGCUUCAAACUGACCGUGAUGCAGAAAAAGAGAAGGAGGAGCCAGCUGCUUCUGGUACUGAACUUGUGUUAUACAGGAGAAUCGCGGAGGUUAAAGCCAAUGAAAGAAGAAAGGCUUUGGAAGAGAUAUUGUAUGCGUUGGUGGUACAGAAAUUCAUGGAUGCCAAUGUGUCUUUGAUUCCCACAAUUACUCCAUCAUCACCAGAUAAUUCUGGUCGGGUGGAUUCCUGGCCCAGCCAAGAUGAUAAACUGGAGAGCCUCCACUCUCCUGAAGCUUAUGAGAUGAUUCAGAACCACCUGGCUCUCAUUCUUGGAAAUCGACUUGGCGAUUCUAACUCAGUAGCUCAAAUAAGUAAACUAAGAGUUGGCCAGGUUUAUGCAGCAUCUGUCAUGUAUGGUUAUUUCCUUAGACGCGUAGACCAAAGGUUUCAGUUAGAGAAGUCUAUGAAAGUCCUUCCUCAGAGUAUUGACAAUGAAGAGAAUCAUAUCGAACAAGUUAUAGCAGAUGACAUGAGACCUAGUGGUGAUUACAGUAAUGAAUCUUUGAGGAACCCUCAACCCCAUCCAGAAGUAUCUUCAUGGUCUGGUGGGUUGGGUGCUGGAGGUUUUGGUAGGAUAAAGCCGUCCAGAUUGCGAACAUAUGUCAUGUCAUUUGAUGGGGAGACACUUCAGAGAUAUGCAACUAUCCGAUCUAAAGAGGCUAUCAGUAUCAUCGAGAAACAUACCGAAGCAUUGUUCGGUAGACCUGAGAUUGUUAUCACACCUGAAGGAACCGUUGAUUCUUCCAAAGAUGAACUCAUCAAGAUCAGCUUUGGUGGUCUGAGGAGACUUGUUCUGGAAGCUGUGACUUUCGGUUCUUUCCUUUGGGAUGUGGAAAGCUAUGUUGAUUCUAGGUACCAUUUUGUUGCAAAUUAAGCAUCAAUUGGGCAAAGGUCGCCAUGGCGGUUUACUGACAGAUGCUCUCUAUAAUGGGUAUAGCUUUGUGGAAAUUACUCUCUUGCUCUAAUUGACAUGUACAUAGUGACUUUGUUUUGAAUUUAUUUAAUGGCCGUAGUAUUCAAGAAACCAGAAUUUGCUUAUCUAUUAUGAGAGUAUCCAUUGGAAUUUUAUGACAAUAAGGAUUCUCUCA